AUGUUGGCUUCCGCUGACCCUUCUGCUUAUCCAAAAAUGGAAACAUGGAAGCUCAAAAGUGAGUAUGGCGACUGUUGCUUGUGGAAUGGCAUCGAGUGUGACAUGGAUACAAGUCAUGUGAUUGGGCUUGAUAUUAGCAGCAACUUUAUUUAUGGUUCCAUCAAUACUAGUAGUAACCUCUUCAGACUCGUUCAUCUCCAAAGACUCAACCUUGCAGACAAUAAUUUCAAUUACUCUGAAAUUCCUUCUGCAAUUGGGAAUCUUUCUAGGCUCGCCUAUGUUUACCUCUCCAAAUCUAAAUUUUAUGGGGAAUUCCCCAGAGUCAUUUUCCUACUACCAAACUUUCAAGUUCUAAGUGCCAGCCAAAAUCUAUAUUUGUCUGGUUAUUUGGCAGAAUUGCACAAUAGAAGUCCCCUUAAGGUCUAG